CUUCGGCUCUUCGGCUCUUCGGCUCUUCGGCUCUUCGGUGUUCGCGACGCUGGGCCCGCCGGUGCCUUCCGCAACCGGCUAAAGCUUAGCUUUCGUUGGCGUAAUUUUCCCAUUUUCUUUCAGCCACUUCCGGGUCCUGCGACGCUCCGGAAGCCAGCGCGUUCCGGAAGCUGGGUAGCCAGCCCAGAUUCUGCUAGGAAAAGCCAAGCUUUCCAGAGAAUGUUUCAGAAAAAGUUACGUGGAACGUGGGCGUUUCGCAGCCUCCUAAGCUCCUGGCAAGUAUGAGGCAAGGAUUUCACAGAAGAACUUGCAGCAAAAAUUUCCACUGCCAUAGCUGUAGGCUGUCAAGUCUUGAGGGAGCUACAGGAAGGGGAAAAAGAGACCUUCAGAGAAGACAUGGCUUCCAAAAAAGGGAAUACAAAGAGUACAAACAGAGUGCUAAGAAUAAGUCAAUUGGAUGCGCUUGAACUAAACAAGGCCCUGGAGCAGCUGGUUUGGUCCCAGUUUACUCAGUGCUUUCAUGGAUUUAAGCCAGGCCUGUUAGCCCGCUUUGAACCAGAGGUGAAGGCAUUCUUAUGGCUUUUCUUGUGGAGAUUCACCAUCUACUCCAAAAAUGCCACUGUGGGACAGUCAGUUUUGAACAUUCAGUAUAAAAAUGAUUUUCCCCCCAACCUGAAAUACCAGCCACCAAGUAAAAAUCAAAAAGUCUGGUAUGCUAUUUGUACAAUUGGUGGAAGGUGGUUAGAAGAGCGGUGCUAUGAUUUGUUUCGAAACCGACAUUUAGCAUCAUUUGGGAAAGUCAAACAAUGUAUGAAUUUCGUGAUUGGACUUCUGAAAUUAUGUGGACUGAUUAAUUUUUUGAUUUUCCUUCAAAGGGGAAAGUUUGCAACCUUGACAGAGCGUUUUCUAGGCAUUCGUUCUGUAUUUUGCAAGCCCCAAAACAUACGUGAAGUUGGUUUUGAUUACAUGAAUAGGGAACUUCUCUGGCAUGGCUUUGCUGAGUUUCUGAUUUUUCUCUUGCCACUUAUCAAUAUCCAGAAGUUGAAAGCCAAGUUAUCUUCAUGGUGUAUUCCUCUUGCUGGUGCUCCUAAUAAUGACAAUACAUUAGCCACUAGUGGUAAAGAAUGUUCUCUCUGUGGAGAGUGGCCCACCAUGCCUCACACCAUAGGAUGUGAGCAUAUCUUUUGUUAUUUCUGUGUUAAAAGUAGUUUCUUAUUUGACACGUACUUUACCUGCCCUAAGUGUGGCACAGAAGUACACAGUCUGCAACCACUGAAAUCAGGAAUUGAGAUGUCAGAAGUAAAUGCUCUUUAGAAACUAAAAUUGCUUCCUCUGAGGAAAAAUGUAUUAUGUCUAAAUCCUGACUACUAGUCAUCAUAAGUAUACCAUUUAGGUAUCCUUUAUAAGGUGGCAUGUGCUUUUUAGCCAUUGUCUUCUGUUUCUUUCCAUGCAUGACUAAGUUCUAAUUACAGGAAACCACAUGAUUCUAAAUAUAUUAUGUAAAUGUUAAUGUAUCGUGUUUUUUAAAUCAUUGCAUUCAGUUUUUAAUGUCAAGAUGAAUGGACAUUAAUUUAUCAGAUGAAUAAUAAGAAUGGUCCUUCAUUUUGCUAUUUCCCAGAAAGAGAUUGGACUCUAAAUAUAAAGAUUUCGGAGACUCCGG